UGUUUCCCUUGUAUGUGGAGAUGGACGAUGUUGCGGGUUUACAAGAGGCAGCUGGAGCCAGAUUUAGCCAGAUUGAGUUAAUCGGUAGAGGAUCUUUUGGUGAUGUCUACAAAGCGUUUGAUAAGGACCUUAAUAGAGAAGUUGCCAUUAAAGUUAUCGACUUGGAAGAAUCAGAAGAUGAGAUCGAAGAUAUCCAGAAGGAAAUUUCAGUGUUGUCACAAUGUCGUUGCCCAUAUAUUACCGAAUACUAUGGUUCUUACCUUCAUCAGACCAAGCUGUGGAUCAUCAUGGAAUAUAUGGCCGGUGGUUCUGUUGCUGAUCUUCUUCAGUCUGGUCAUCCGUUGGAUGAAACAUCAAUCGCUUGUAUCACACGGGAUCUGCUUCAUGCUGUUGAAUAUCUGCAUAAUGAGGGAAAGAUCCACAGAGACAUCAAAGCUGCCAAUAUAUUAUUGACCGAGAAUGGCGAUGUUAAGGUGGCAGACUUCGGUGUGUCUGCACAACUAACACGGACAAUAUCAAGAAGGAAGACUUUUGUAGGAACACCAUUUUGGAUGGCACCAGAAGUGAUUCAGAACUCAGAAGGAUAUAAUGAGAAGGCAGAUAUUUGGUCUCUCGGAAUAACAGUUAUCGAGAUGGCAAAAGGAGAACCUCCCCUAGCUGACCUUCAUCCUAUGAGAGUGCUUUUUAUCAUUCCUCGGGAAAAUCCUCCUCAGUUAGAUGAGCAUUUUUCCCGUCCGGUGAAGGAGUUUGUUUCAUUAUGUUUGAAAAAGGCUCCUGCUGAGAGACCGAGUGCCAAAGAACUUAUUAAACACAGAUUUAUUAAGAAUGCAAGGAAAAGUCCGAAACUUCUUGAGAGGAUAAGAGAGCGGCCAAAGUACAAAGUAAGAGAGGAUGAAGAGGCUCCUAGAAAUAGUCCCAAAGCUCCGGUUGAAUCAUCUGGUACAGUUAGGGUGGCUAGAGAUGAGAGAAGCCAAGGAACUCCUGGAUCCAGGUUGGAUGAAUGUUCUCCGCUUGGGGUUUCUUCUGUUUCUUGUUUAAUGAAUUCUCUAUUAACUUGUAGCUACAGUUUUCAGGGGAAAACUGUCAAAAAUGCUGGGUGGGACUUUAGCAUUGGGGGAUCUCAGAGUAUCGGAACAGUUCGUGCUUUGAAACCUCCUCAAGCGAGGGAGAGACGCCAAGAAGUUUCUUCUAAUCAGAGUUCUCAAAGAACACCAAGAGCUAGUAGUAGUCAUUUGUCACCCACUUCUGGUAGUACAGUUCCCGAAGCCUCUGAAGGAGGUUUUGUUAAAAGACAUUCUUAUCAGAAUGACCAAGAAGAUGGCUUCCACGAAGAGGUUAAGAAUGACAACAAGGAGGAAUCAUCGCGUAGUGGAUCAGGAACUGUUGUCAUAAGAACCCCAAGGAGUUCUCAAUCAUCGUCAAUAUUCCGUGAACAAAUCUCUGCGUCUAGCGGCAGGUAUGCAUCUUUUGAUGAUGCUUCAACAAGUGGAACUGUUGUUGUCCGUGGGCAUGAUGACUCUGGAUCACCUCGAACUCCAAAAUCUAGACUAGGGAUUCAAGAAAGAACUUCGAGUGCAUCAGAAGAUAGCAUCGCAAAUCUCGCCGAGGCAAAGGCAGCACUUGACGCAGGUUUUAGAAGGGGAAAUGCUCGAGAAAGACUUGGAAUGGGGAAGAACAAUAAUGAUGGGAGGGUUAGCCGAAGAAGGGAACAUAUGCCAGAAGAUUCUGACCAUUCAAGAAAUUCUAGCGGUAAAGAAAAAGCGCUUCCAAGAUCACAACAAGUGAGUGAUGACGAAGAUGACUCCAUAUGGGAUUCAUUACCUGCAUCGUUGUCAGUAUUGCUCAUACCGUCCCUAAAAGAGGCUCUUGGUGGCGAUUCAAAAGCGUCUAUAGGACAUACAGUGUCGAGAUCCCUCGUGGCGAUGGAACGUGAAAGUCCUGGUUCUUGUGAAGCUUUUGUUGCCAAGCUGAUUGAACUUUUGGGAAGUUCAAAAGAAGCUUCGGUGAAGGAAGUGCAGGACAUGGCGGUCCGCGUUUUCUCCAAGACCGCACCCGCCGAUGCGGAGAACAAAAGAAAACCAGUUAACAAGGAGUUUAGUUCCAACACAAAUGUUAGCCCACUCGGCAGAUUCUUACUCUCAAGAUGGCUAAGCCAAUCAUCGCGUGAUCUU